AUGCAAUCGUUAAUAUUAGUGCUAUUUCUACAUUUACUUUCAUUCAGCUCCGCUGCUUACACCAAUGGUACUGUCCAAGCAUUGGACGCUACUGAUCUACUACUCUCUUCAUCUAAUGCAUCUCCAACAAGCAAUCUAGUUACAUACUCUGUUGAUUCUAGUGCCUCUGUUGCUACUUACUCGGACGACACGACUACUUUCUAUGUUACUUCCACUGUGUACUCCACCCAAUGGUAUACUGUUUCUGCUACUGCUACUCCAGUUGCUGUUGCUACUACUACCACUGCUGGCAAUGAACAAAAAAUUGUAUCGCAAUACACUGAACAAAACAGCUCAUUAGACACCACUACUACCUCCACCAGCACCACAUUUGUCUACAUUACCCUAGACUCUAGUGCAGCUAGCGCUUUUGCAGCCAACAAUGACAACGUUUCUCCAGUUUGUGUUCCAAGCACAGAAUAUGUCACACAAACAGUCACUCUAUCCCCAGUUGUCGAGUAUGUUACUCUAUCUCCGGUAACCAUGACUCAGUAUGUUAAUGUCACAACUUAUUAA